AUGCAGUACCCCGAUGAGGAGAUGAAGGACGUGCUGGAGCUUCGGGAGCGCAUCACGCUGGAGGCCGAGAAGCUCGAGGAGAGGCUUGAGUAUGCCAGAAGACACAUCCACGUUCUGGAUCUGAUCCUGAAGAGUUCCAGCUACACCAGAGCAUCAUCGCUAAAGGUGCUGGCGCCCACGCCAGCCGGGCCGGAUCCGGCCCCGGGGGGCUCUGACACUGCCGGGACGCGGCCGCCAAAGGAACCGGCGCCCGGGUCGGACCGGGAGUUCAUCAGAAGAGAUCGGGGCGGCAAGAGGCUUGCCAGAUUUGACACCGCAGCAGACGAGAUAGCCAUCACAUUGGAGGGCGGACUGGGCCUCAAGGCCGACAUCCCGCCCCUGAAGACAUUCUUCCUGGACAGGAUCAUAGGCGACAUGAAGAGAAAGGACGAGCAGGCCGCGGAGGGCGCGGCGAUCGAGUGCCUGCUUGAGCAGGACGGCGGCGAGCUCCGCCGGAUCAUAGUCAGAAACUACCGCACCAAGGACCGGGCCAAGGAGAUCAGGAGCUCCAUCGGCUGGACACUCUCGCGCAUGCUGGAAAAGAUCGAGUGA